AUGGUGGCUGCUGCCACCAACAACCUGUGCGAAGCUGCCAACGCCGCGGUGCAGGGCCAUGCCAGUGAAGAGAAGCUCAUCUCGUCUGCCAAGCAGGUGGCUGCCUCCACGGCACAGCUCCUGGUGGCCUGCAAGGUGAAGGCUGACCAUGACUCGGAGGCCAUGAAGCGGCUCCCGGCGGCCGGCAAUGCAGUAAAGAGAGCGUCGGACAAUCUGGUGAAGGCAGCUCAGAAGGCAGCUGCCUUCCAGGACCAUGAUGAAACGGUGGUGGUGAAGGAGAAGAUGGUCGGGGGAAUUGCACAGAUCAUCGCUGCCCAGGAGGAGAUGCUGCGCAAGGAGCGGGAGCUGGAGGAGGCGCGGAAGAAGCUGGCCAUGAUCCGGCAGCAGCAGUACAAGUUCCUGCCCUCGGAGCUGCGGGACGAGGAGCAGAACUGAGCCCCGUGCC